CUGCCGUCCUGCCCCGUGGAAGGGCUGCUGGGGAUUACAUCCAGGACUCUGCAUCCCAGUCAAGCGCUCACUUGCCCAGCCCUCAGGGACCGGCUGCUAGGUCGUUCACAGCAAAGGCUGAAAACAUCAGAGGCUUGGGGACCUUAAAGCAACAGGAAGUGAGGCAGGCUCCCAGCAAGGCAGGGACCUCGCAGACAGAGCCAGGGAGGAAAAUGAAGCUCCCGAUUUUCAUAGCAGAUGCGUUCACGGCGACAGCUUUCCGGGGCAAUCCUGCCGCUGUCUGCCUCCUGGAAAACAUACUGGAGGAAGACAGCCAUCAGCAAAUUGCCAGGGAAAUGAACCUUUCUGAAACAGCUUUCAUCAGGAAACUGCAGCCGACUGACAACUUCAUACAGAGUUCCUGUUUUGGACUAAGGUGGUUUACGCCCGUGAGUGAGGUCCCGCUGUGCGGUCAUGCCACCCUGGCCUCCGCGGCGGUGCUCUUUCACAAAAUAAAGAACACGAACAGCACUCUAACGUUUGUCACUCUGAGUGGGGAGCUGAAGGCCAGAAAGGCAGAAGAUGGGAUUGUCUUGGACUUUCCUCUCUACCCAACCUUCCCCCAGGACUUCCAUGAAGUAGGAGACUUGAUAAAGGCAGCCAUAGGUGACACCCUGGUCCAGGACAUCAGGUACUCUCCGGAUACCCGGAAACUCCUGGUCCGGCUCAGCGAUUCUUAUGACAGGUCCUUUCUAGAGACCCUGAAGGUGAACACGGAGCCUCUGCCUCAGAUUGAAAAGACAGGGAGGGUGAAAGGACUCAUUCUCACUCUCAAAGGAGAGCCUGGGGGGCAGGCGGCCCCCUAUGACUUCUACUCCAGAUACUUUGCACCAUGGGUUGGUUUGCCUGAAGACCCAGUAACAGGAUCUGCACACACCAUUCUCAGCAGCUACUGGUCCCAGCAGCUCGGGAAGAAAGAGAUGCGAGCCUUUCAGUGUUCCCGCCGAGGAGGGGAACUGGACAUUUCCCUGCGAGCUGAUGGACGAGUUGACAUGAAGGGUGGUGCGGCUAUUGUCUUAGAGGGCACGCUGACGGCCUAGAGACGCUUAUGCUGGGCGGUGGCCGCUGCUCAACACUGUGUUUUCUCUAUAUCAAAAAACCAAACCAAACAACAAAUGCGCCGAGCUUCUUUCAUGCCCAGCAGCGCCCUCCGUCCUCUCAUGAAGAGCCAGAAGGGAGGACGUUCAAUGGAAGUGCGUUAGCGUCUCCUGACUCCUUGCCUGAUGGUGAGCUCUCACCUCUGCCGGGCUGUGUAUCUUCAGUAACCCGCAGCAGAGAGUGAUGCGGCCACUUCUUUUUGAUUGUGACUGCCAAUCACAGCGAGAGAUCCACUGAUUAGGCGUGGGCACCUUAGGGUAUUUAUUUCACAGCCAUUUAGAAGUUUGAAUAGCUUUGUGGAAAUGCUGUGAUGCCAAAUCCCUGCCAGAAACAUUUCUUCCCUGCCCCCUGAGGUUCCAAAGACUGACCUAGGUAUAAUGCCACCAAAGUUCCCGCAGGCCACCAAUGAGUUAUUGAGCUUGGGGGAGGGUUACUUAGAGAAGUGCCGGUGUGCCCCCUAAACUGUGGCCAGAAAGGCUUUUAUCCAGCAGCGAUGAUGACUUUCCUACAGAGGCAUUGACGGAGCCCCUUAGUCUUUGCUUUUCUCUAGCCUCUUGCUGAGACCAUGUACAAUUAGGGCCUCAGGAGAUAGGGAGUGGCUGGGUGCUCAGGCUGGGUGCUCAGAUGAGGCUCCUCAGCUACCCCACUCUGCCCUCUGUGAGGAGAAGAAGCAGCCAUCAAGCCCAGCCGGGAUGAUCUUUGGCAAGUGGGCAUAGCCACUCCUGAAGAUGGCAGUUGCUUGGCUCAGAGUAUUGUCCGAGCAAAUGCAGGAAAACAUCCCACAGUGUAAUAAUACUGAGAAACAGAGAUGAGUAGGGUGCCAUCAAGGCUGACAACCUGAGUUCGAUUCCUGGGACCACACUGUGGAAGCAUGAGAACCAACUGCUGAACGUUGUCCUCGGACCUACAUACACACAGGUGCUGUGGCAUGCACACCCACACAUAUACAUGCUAUACCCAAAACAAACAAGUAAACGUGAUGAAAAUAAA